UUUCAAUGCAACAUUUUUUGAAUAUGUGCUUACCAAAUAUUAUUCUAAACGGCCCAGGCAACAUUUUGAAUAUCUUGUUACCUUAAAUUCUCAAAAUAAUCCUAUUUAUAUGCUUCCCACAUAGGCCAGUUACUAUCACUCCCCAAAAAUGAAAUCCAUUGUUAUUUUCAUUUUCUCUAGCUUAUUGCUUGUUAGUUUUCCGUCAAUCGUUAACGGCGGUUGGCUCAAUGCGCAUGCCACAUUCUACGACGACGGCACAAUGGGUGGUGCUUGUGGGUAUGGGAAUGUGUAUCGUCAAGGGUAUGGUACAAACAAUGUAGCAUUAAGUAGCGCUUUGUUCAACGAUGGUUUGAGUUGUGGGGCAUGUUUUCAAAUCAUGUGUGUUAAUGAUCGUCAAUGGUGUUUACCGGGUUCCAUUGUUGUCACCGCCACCAACUUCUGCCCACCGAACCCCGCCUUACCUAGCGAGAAAGGCGGCUGGUGCAACCCUCCUCUACGUCAUUUUGAUCUAUCUCAACCUGCCUUCUUACGCAUUGCUCAGUACAAAGCUGGAAUUGUUCCUGUUGCUUAUAGAAGGGUACCCUGCGUGAGAAGGGGUGGAAUUAGGUUCCAAAUGAACGGACACUCCUACUUCAAUUUGGUGUUAAUUACAAAUGUGGGUGGUGCUGGUGACGUGCACGCGGUGGCAAUUAAAGGGUCAAGAACAGGAUGGCAACAAAUGAAACAAAACUGGGGGCAAAACUGGCAAUCCGACACUUAUUUUAACGGGCAGUCUCUAUCUUUUAGGGUCACCACAAGUGAUGGUCGGACUGUGGUGUCCAACAAUGUUGUCCCCGCUAAUUGGUCUUUCGGGCAGACCUUCAGCGGUUCCCAAUUUCGUUGA